GGUUACAAACUUGCACUAGCCAGAGACAAGUGACACUGGGAGGUGUGUGUGUACGCGUGUGUGUAUUUAUUUAUUUAUUUUUUUCUUUAGCAUCAGUACACACGUCGGUGAGUAAUGUCCUACCGGAAAAGUAUCCUCCAGUCGGGGUUUAAUGGCGGCUUCCGGAGACUGCCGGUGUCGCGCUCGAGCCGGGCGGAAGCUGUCCUCCACCAAAAAGCGCUCGCGCAUUUCGGCGGCGUGGAGCACGCGCGGGCUGGCGGUGAGAUCCAGGUUGACUUUGAGCAGACUAAAGAGGCCUACAAGAGCAAAGGCACUGCAGAGCUGCUCAGAGGUCUCCUGGUCUUUAAACUCUGCUCCUAUGACUUCCUGGUGGAUAAGAAUCGAGAGAUAAUGGACCUGAGUAAGAAGCUGCUGGGUCAGGCAGUGUUUGAGAAGCUGAUGAAAAUGACAUUCUACGGUCAGUUUGUGGCAGGAGAGGAUCACCAGUCCAUCAAACCCCUGAUUCAGAAGAACAGGGCCUUCGGAGUGGGAGCUGUGCUGGACUACAGCGUGGAGGAAGACCUCACGAAGGAAGAGGCUGAGACAAAAGAAAUGGAAUCAUGCGUGUCAGUGUCAGAAAAAGAAAACCCUGGAGUGGAUCAUCGAGAGAGGAAGUUCACAGCCCAUCGGAAGUUUGGUGAUCGCAGGGACGGUGUAACGAGCGCUCGCACGUAUUUCUACGCCGAUGAAGUCAAAUGUGACCAGCACAUGGAAACUUUUCUUAGGUGCAUCAAGGCGUCAGGUGGAAGUUCUGAAGAUGGUUUCUCCGCAAUUAAGAUGACUGCACUGGGACGCCCACAGUUCCUGCUGCAAUUUUCCGAGGUGCUGGUGAAAUGGAAACGUUUCUUCAGUUUCCUGGCGACGCAGCAGGGGAAAGACGGCCGAGAGGUGCUGGAGCAGAAGCUGGACCUCGAGCAGCUGCAGACUUUUCUGACAAAGCUGGGAGCCAAAGGUGACAUUCAUGGCUGGUUCACAAACGAGAAGCUGUGCUCAUCAGGCACCAUCGACAUGCUGGACUGGAACAGUCUGAUCGACGAGAGGACCAAGAUAUCCGAUCUUCUCGUGGUGCCCAACCUUGAGACGGGCCACCUGGAGCCUCUGCUAAAGAAAUUCACUGAGGAAGAGGAGAAGCAGAUGAAGAGGAUGCUUCAGAGACUCGAUGUACUUGCUAAACAUGCGGUGGAGAAUGGCGUGAGGCUGAUGGUGGAUGCAGAACAGACGUAUUUCCAACCCGCCAUCAGCCGCCUGACGUUGGAGAUGCAGCGCAUAUUUAACCGAGACAAACCAGUCAUCUUCAACACCUACCAGUGCUACCUGAAGGCAACCUACGAGAACGUGUGUGUGGAUGUAGAGCUGUCGAGGAGAGAGGGCUGGUGUUUCGGCGCUAAGCUGGUACGGGGGGCGUACAUGCACCAAGAGAGGAGCCGAGCUCAGGAAAUCGGCUAUGAAGAUCCCAUCAACCCGGACUACGAAGCCACAAGCCGGAUGUACCACAGGUGUUUGGACUAUGUGCUGGAGGAGAUCAACAGGAACAGGAAAGCUAGUGUCAUGGUGGCGUCACACAAUAUAGACACUGUGAAACACACAAUCCGGAGGAUGAAUGAAAUGGGACUUGCACCAACUGACAAGAAGGUGUAUUUUGGUCAGCUGCUUGGGAUGUGUGACCAGAUCAGCUUUCCAUUAGGUCAAGCAGGCUUCCCGGUGUACAAGUACGUACCGUACGGCCCGGUGAACGAGGUGAUCCCGUACCUGUCUCGGCGUGCUCAAGAGAACCGAGGCAUGAUGAAGGGAGCAAUGAUGGAGCGAGAUCUACUGUGGAAAGAGCUUGUACGCAGACUCACCAGUGGAGAACUGUUCCACACACCCUCUCUGUAAAAGACAUACACUCUUGUUGCACUUUACACAGGAGACUUCCUCUGUCUUUGCCUUUCCAAGUUAGACACCUACAGAGCUACUGAAUAAACUUCAGCAUCUCAGGGGAUUUAGACAUGUCUGUUUUUCUUUACCUCCUCUCUAUCCUGACUUAUUUUCUCCACUUUACAGACAAGAAGACCAUAAAUUCUGUCUAAGGAAAAAAUAAAAACAGUAUACACAAACCACAAUAAUGUAUCAGGCAUUUUUAGUUUUCAUAAUUUUUAGGACUUACGGAAAUAAAAAAUUAUGAAAACUAAAAAUGCCUGAUACAUUAUUGUGGUUUGUGUAUAUUGUUUUUUUGAUUUAGUUCUUGUUUUUUCUUUUGAUAUUAAUCCCUCUGUCAUGUUGUUGAUCUUGUCAAACUACAUUUAACGAUAUACUAGUACCCUACUUGGCACUAGGAAUUGUUGUUUUGGGGUUGUGCUGUUGUAGGAAAAUAAUCAAGAAGAGUUGUGUUAUGAAGCGCAGUCACUGAUAUUUUCCAAAAAUAUCCUGAAGUGUUUUCUCACACCACAACAAUUUGUCAACGAUUGCAUUUUAUUAUUUAUAAAAUAAUGACAUAUUUUAUCCAUAUAUAGUUAUAUUUUAUGUUAUGGAAUGUCCAUGAAACAAGUUACUUCCUGUUAUCACUUAUGUUACAGCCGUUAAAAAACAGUUAUUACCUCAUCAGCAUAGUCACAUGGAGCAUGUCAUGUUACUAUGCACUGACACUGGAGACUCCUUCCAAGAAAUGUUCAAUAAACAUCUCCUUACAGAAAACUGCA